AUGUCCACGUCUGGAGAACCAACGGAAAAGUGUGAGGCCAAACAGCACCCAAUGAGAAUCAAAGUGCACGGCAAGAUGGAGGAUCUGAAGAAGACGGCAUCCUUCAUUCGCUGGAUCAGGGGUGACGGUGUAGUCGGUGAACGAAAAGAAAGAAAGAAAAAGAAAACCAAAGCUAUGAACCUUACAAGCGGCUACAGAACGUUGAAACCGUGGCUCGGUGACGGUUUACUCAUAUCAAGUGGCGACAAGUGGACUCGCAACCGCCGCCUCCUCACACCAGCUUUCCAUUUUGAUAUCAUCAAUCCAUACUUAGAUGUAAUGAAAACACCAUUUUCUUUUCCGCAAAACCGCAUAAUAGUACACGAGAAGAAAGACUUUGAAAUAUUUCAGCAGAUCUGUUUAUGUACACUUGAUAUUAUCUUGAGAUGCGCCUUCUCGUAUGACAUUGAUGUGCAACGUAGCGGAGAAACACAUCCGUAUGUACAGGCAGUAAAUGAUCUGGCAACAAGUAAUUCUGAACGUUUAAGAGAUCCGAUUUUAGCACCAGUCAUCAUUUUCUCCAGAACUAAGAUGGGGGAAAAGUUCAAGCAAGAUUGCGACUUUGUCCAUAGUGUUGCGGAAGACAUUAUAAAUAACCGCAGACGUGCACUGGAAAUUGAGAAUGAUGUAAGCAACAGAAAAUAUCUUGACUUUCUAGAUAUUUUACUGACAGCAAAAGAUGAAAAUGGUGCUGGUCUGUCAGACAUGGAUAUAAGAAAUGAAGUGGAUACGUUCUUGUUUGAAGGUCAUGACACAACAGCGAGCGCCAUUUCAUGGAUUUUGUAUUCUCUUGCAAAACAUCCAGAAUACCAGGAGAAAUGUCAUGAAGAAAUUGAUGAUCUGUUACAGGGUAGCGAGUCCGACGACAUCAAAUGGAAUGACUUGCCUCAACUAGAAUACCUACGUAUGUGUAUAAAGGAAGGCAUGAGAUUGCACUGUCCGGUAGCUAUAGUUGGUCGUGAAACAACAAAACCCUUUGACCUAGGUGACAUUACGAUUCCACCAGGGACAGGAGUUGUCAUUAACAUAUGGACCCUCCAUCACAACGAACAUGUUUGGGGCAAGGACCAUAUGGAGUACAAACCAGAGAGAUCCACAAAGGAUAAUGUAGCUAAGAUGGACCCCUAUCAAUUUGUUCCUUUCUCAGGCGGACCGAGGAAUUGUUCCGGACAAAGUUAAACGUCUUUAAACUUUGCUAUGAAUAAGGAGAAAGAAGUUCUCGCUAAACUACUACAUAAUUUCAAGUUCAGUCUUACUCCAGGCCAUGAAGUUAAAUGGCGGCUAUCUGCGGUAAUGAGAGCUCAAAAUGGAAUCUCGGCUCGUGUGGAACGCAGAAAACACUGACCAUUGUCAGCUUCGGAGUGAUAAAUUACGUAUUUACAAUAAAUUAAAAGUUACAAACGAUAUUUUACUGCAAAGAAUAUCUUAACUGUUAUUUAAUUAUUUCUUAUCUGUUCUAAAAGCUUCAAUAAAAUGAAUGAUAAUGCGUCGAACAGUAAUAUGCUUAAUAGUCAGUAGUAUUAUCCUGUGUUUUAAGACCACGGAUUAUGUUAAUAUACCCUUCAAGUCAAGUUCUUAUUUAAUACUAAGCUGCUUGAAUCCGUCCUUGUAACAGUGUUAUUUAUUUUCAUGUAAAGACUUUCUGGUCUGUUGAAUUCAUGGAAGAUAACAUCAUUGGUAUUCAUAGCCUUUAUGUAGUGUUCAAAGCCCAUGGCACAACCGGGCGGACGGAGAGACGUAUGGACACAGGCGAAUUUAUGUGUCCUAAACUCAAAACAAGGUGGGGCACAAUAAGUAACUUGUAACGGUAAAAUGAGAGUGAGUGGAGGCACCAGUGUACUACGGAUACACAUCCAGCUUUUCAGAAAAUCCUAAUGACAGUAUGUGUACAGCACGAUCAAUUGUUGUACGUACAUUGUAUAUGUAAUGCACAAAAACCAAAUUCGCAAAACGGAUAUUUCGUGCAUGACUUCUUUCAGAAAGAAAUCGGUUUAUCUCCAUAAUUGCCUAAAAUGUUUUGUUUUGUAACUGAUGACCACAGACACAAUAUCGGGUGUGACGACACUGGAAUGUGUUUUAAGAUUGUGUAUCCGGAUUGCACUUGAAUGGAAUAAUUUUUCAGUUCUUGUUGUGCUAGUGUUGCUCCGUUUGAAUGUACGUCUUGAACAUUCCAAACCCAGCUAUAAUGGCUUGGUUGAGUUAUGCAGUUAAGAAAGUGAAAAUCAGGCCAGAUUUUAUAUUUAUCGUAAAAAGCGCAUGCCGUCCGAACACAUACAACUUAUAAAUGUCUGCCAUCGUUUUCCCAACAAACUGACAAAAUCGGCUCUCGACAAAAAUGCGCAUUUGAGAAAACGUGUCGUAUUUUUUAACAAUACCCACACAUUGCCAAAUUAAAGUAUCUUAGCCGAUGAUUCAGGGCCCGAUUUCAUUCGCGUUGUUUUGGUACUUUUACCUGCUCGAAUAACCUAACUUUCAUAAAACACAAAAUGCAUUGAUUUAGACAAAUGCUUUUGUUUUAUAAAACAAUGUACAGAUUGCGCCA